GACAACCCCCCCCAAGCCCUUCUAGCCAUCGACUCAUUUUGAGAAAAAUUGGUGACCAAGCUUGGGAUUUUCUCUUUCUUUUCUUGUUCUUGAACCCAGAAAUCCCCCCCCCUCUGCUGGAAAUUCCAGAUCUACUCUGCUCCUCCCCUGCAGCCGGCAAGAGCCCCAGCCACCGCCACCCAUUUCCGGUCGGGAACACCGGCAAAGCUUGGGGAUUUCUCCCUAUUUUCUUGUUCUAGAACAGCCACUAAACCAGAAUUUCCAGAUCUGUUCUGCUCUGCAUCGUCCUCUCUUUGCUGUUCGCGAGUUCUGCUAUGUGGGUUUGAGUUUCUGGGCAUUUUUUGGGUAAGCCACAGCCAUAAACUUCAUCUUUCAGCUUGAUUUAGGCUGGGUUUACCUUAAUUGCUUUAUUCCCUUCCAAUUUGAGGUAGCCGUGAGUUUCCCCUGCAGAUGCCGCCGGCUUCUUCUCCCUGCCAGCUCCGGUUUGCUUGCUGGAAUUCUGGUUUUGAUCGUUCUGUCACCGUAGCACUUGGGUUAGCCUUCUGUUCUGUGCGAGUAAGGAAGCGAUACUGAGGACGGGGGAAACCAAGGGGAGUGACGAGUUAGAAGGCUAGUCACCUGGAAUUUGAUAUAGAUUUUAGAUACAGAUUAUGAUUCUAUAAGCUAGAGUGUAUUUAGAGAUUUUAUGAUAUCAGAGCAAAUUGUAAAAAUUUUAUCUUGAGAUUUGGUGGUAUCAGAUUAUGAAUUGGAUAAGUUUUGAGCCUUGUGCAUUCGUGGGACUCGUCUCACGAGUGCACGGCGUCUGUCACGUCUCCAGAUUUGGGUUCUGGGGCGUGACACUUGCACCAUUGAGUCCAAGGCAGGUUUAUGAGGAUCAACUGAGGCCUAUGUUUGUGCUUCUGUAUAAAGAUUCUUAUUUCAACACUAACGAACUUAAUGAUUCUUUGCCUAGUGUUGUUAAAUCUCUUUUGCAAGACUUCAAGGACGUGUUUCCAGAAGACAUCCGUAAUGGUUUGCCAUCAAUAAGAGGAAUUGAGCAUCAGAUUGACUUCAUUCUAGGUGCAACAAUUCUGAACCGACCAGCAUAUCGAAGCAACCCCAAUGAGAUGAAAGAACUUCAAAAGCAGGUUGAAGAACUCAUGAAGAAGGGGCAUGUGAGAGAAAGCAUAAGUCCAUGUGCAGUUCCAGUGCUACUUGUGCCUAAGAAGGAUGGGACUUAGCGUAUGUGUGUUGAUUGUCGCACUGUUAACAAAAUCACUGUAAAGUA